AUGGCCAGCAAUGUUACCAACAAGACAGAUCCUCGCUCCAUGAACUCCCGUGUAUUCAUUGGGAAUCUCAAUACUCUUGUGGUGAAGAAAUCUGAUGUGGAGGCCAUCUUCUCAAAGUAUGGCAAAAUUGUGGGUUGCUCUGUUCAUAAGGGCUUUGCCUUCGUUCAAUAUGUUAAUGAGAGAAAUGCCCGGGCUGCGGUGGCAGGAGAAGAUGGCAGAAUGAUCGCUGGCCAGGUUUUAGGUGUGAAGAGGAUUUAG